GGCCUCUGAAUUCCACGCCCCUGCCGCCCAGUUGCACCCAAGAUCCACUCAAGCUAACUGACAUUCCAGGGGAGCAAAUCCUGUGCCACUUAGGCCUCUCCCCUCCCCUCUGUCGCCCGUUUUUUUCUUGUUGUUUACUCAGAAAGCGGUUAUUGACAUCUGCAGACCUGCCUCACUACCGGCCCCACCCAGCAGCGGAAAGCUGGGUCUGCAGCCCGGGAGCUCCUCCUCCUCCUCCGGCCCGAGCGGUCCUCUCCCCUAAGAGGCGGGUGUCACGCUGGGCCCCGCGUGGCGCCGCCUACGUCCUCCGCCCCACCCUUUGGUGACACAGAGCUCCAGCCCGCCCAGGGCGUCAAUUAAGUCCACUUGCCGAACCGCUGGGCGCCGCUUGUCCGGCACCUUUCGAGCAACUCGGCGCCUGCUCGCUUCGGUUUCCUGAGGACGCGGCAGAGUCGCGGGUCCCCGUCCCUCGUGCGCCAUGAGCCGCUCGCGCCCGAGCGUCCCCGCGGUGCUGCUGCUGCUGCUGCUGCUGUCGCUGCGCGCACCUGCCGUGCGGAGUGACUGCGACCGCCCCCCAGAAGUACCUAAUGCUCAGCCAGCUUUGGAAGGCCACACUACUUUUCCUGAGCAAAGCACAGUGACUUACAAAUGCAAUGAAGGCUUUGUAAAAGUUCCAAACAAGACAAACACAGUGAUCUGCCUUUCCAGCAAUCAGUGGUCAGAACUUGAAGAAUUCUGUAACCGUAGCUGUGAUGUUCCACCUGGGCUACUUUUUGCAUCUCUCAGAAAGACUUAUACCCAACAGAAUUAUUUCCCAGUGGGUUCUACUGUGGACUAUGAGUGCCGACCAGGGUACAGAAGGGACCCUUCUCUAUCAGGAACACUAACCUGCCUUCAGAAUCUAGAAUGGUCCAAACCAGAUGAAUUUUGUAAAAAAAAAUCAUGUCCUAAUCCUGGAGAAAUAAAAAAUGGUAUCAUCAAUAUAACAACUGACAUAUUAUUUGGUUCAGCCAUCUCAUUCUCAUGUAACACAGGGUAUAAAUUAGUUGGCGCAGAUUCUAGUUACUGUUUUCUUAUGGGAAAGACUGUUGGGUGGAGUGAGCCAUUGCCAACCUGCGUAGAAAUAUUUUGUCCAGAACCACCACAAAUUGAGAAUGGAAGAAUUCGCGAGGAAAGUGACACUUACAAAUACAGACAGACGGUGACAUAUGAAUGUUCUAAAGGCUUAACCCUGGUUGGAAGUAGCUCCAUUUUUUGUGAUGUAAAAGGCGAACAAGGAGAAUGGAGUGGGUCACCACCUGAGUGCAAAGGGAAAUCUCCAGCUACCAAGCCUCCACCAACAGUUCAGAAACCUACCACAGUAAAAGUUCCAGGGACAAAAGUCCCACCAACGCCUCAGAAGCCUACCAUGGUGAAAGUUCCAGCAACACAGCAUACACCAGUUUCCAGGACAUCUGUGGGUAUUCAUGUAACCAGAACAUCUAAUAAAGGGAAAGAAAAUGCUGCUAAAGAUGCUGCCAAUUUUUUAUAUGGUAAGUUCGGCUUUCAGACAGUUAAAAGAAAUUGCUAUCACUGUGGGAUGUACAAUCCAUAUUCCUGGAAAAGAAUACUGUCUUUUAACUGUCUUAGGAAAACCAUCAAAAUGCAGUGCUUAUGGGUACCUAAGAGAAAACGGGUGAACGCAUUAUAUCAACAUGUUUUGUGGACACCAUCAGGUACUCGAUAUGUUCCUUUAUAUUCUCAGCCAUGUUCUUGUUCCAAAGUAAUUUUAGGACAACUCCAGAUCAUUUGGCCACUCAAGCAAGUAAUGUUGCGUGCUCAGUGUCUUGAUGCUUCAUUUUAGGGACUGAAGAGCCCCAGGAAGGAAACAGUUAUCAAUACAGUUAUCGAGUGUCUUACAAUUAAUCAUAAACCACUCCUUGACCAUUUUUAGAUCUCUUUCCUAUCCCCAAUGAGACGAAGAGUUCUGCUCUUGAUUACAUCUUUUCCCUUUCUGUUAGCCAUCUGAAGGAAAGUUCUCUUAAGAAAUAUUCUGUUGCUGUAGACAUGAAACCAAAAUCAUAUAUCCGUGUUGCAAUUUCUUCCAGCAUUUGGUUGUCUUUUUCUUUGUCCAUAUUAUUUGAUAUUAUGUGUUAACAAGAAGAUUAAUAUACUCCUAAAGAAGAUGGAAAGAGAAAUGUUUGUUAAGGAGAAAAACACCUAAGUGACACACUGAUAAGUAAUGUCCAAUAGAAAAUACACUUUGAUUUUAAAAAGUGCUUAUUUUUAAACCAUAUAUAUGUCCACAUCUUAUGCAUGCAUGAAUUAGCCAGGAGACUAUAAACCUGAAAACUAAAAUUUUGCUAUUACUGUUAUUUUAGUUAUUUUUUAUCUUUUAUCUUGAAAACUUCCAACAUUUGGAAUUCUCUUUGUUUAUUCUAUAUUUUAAAUAGAAAUAAAUAUAUUUUAAAUGAAAAAUAUCUCAUGAUUUAAUGUUCACAAAAGUGAUGAGUUUAAAAUAGAGGAGUUUUCCUCACCUGCCCAAUGGCAUCCAAUGAAGGUUUGAAAUGCUUAUUUUUAUGUUUUAUUUAUUUGUUUAGUUGAUUGAUUGGUUAAUUGAUCUACUUGCUUACUUACUUACUUAUUUGCAGUGCUGGGCAGUGCUGGGGAUCUUGAGGCAUGCUUGGCAAAAGCUCUAUCACGAGCCUACAUUCCUAGACAAAAACUCUUAUUUUUUUCUCUGCAUUCUUGAGGUAGAUGUCCUGCGAUUUUUCUAGAAAACCCUUCUUGGAACUGUAAUUCCAUCUUGUACUCAAAAAUAAGGGGAACUCCUUCCUUCUUAAAUCAGACAUAACAGCAGUGUGUGUGUGUGGUCUUGUGAAAUAUAAAUAAACCUGGAAAUUUCUUUAUUUGUUAAAUAAACAAAUCAUUUAAUGAAUCAGGUCAUUAUAUCACCUUAAUGGUAAGUAACUACUGCAAGGAAUUGCUUUUAUUGAUUAUACCACAAUGUAAGUGAAUGAUGCAGAUGUUAGAACUUUAGAAAUAAUUAGUUUUUUCCUAUUUAAUUCCACUGAGAACAAGAUGAUAGCAGAUCUUCACAGAACUUUCUAAUUUGCCUUGUAAAUGACACUGGUGUUUUGAAUUCUAAAGAUAGUCUUCCACUGGCUCUGUGUCAGUGUUUCACAGUGUUUUUAUUGCCUUCCCUCUGCCAAUGGCUUCCCUAGACAUUCUCAUCCUCUCAUGAGAUUUUAAUGCCACCCCUGCACUUUCAGUCUAUUUCUAUACUCUCUCUUGGUAGACAUAGAUAGAUAUAUGUGUGUACCUUAUACAUAUAAAAGGAAAUAUUUCCAUCUGCCUGGAGUAUCACUCACAUUGAAAAUAUGUGUUCAAUGUAGUUUUUUGUUGUUUUUGUGGUUGUUAUUUUUAAAGACAGUGUCAUAAAUAAGAAGAAAGAGCUUUUGGGUAGGAGUCAGUCAGACCUUGAUGUGAGUCUUGUUUUUUCAUGUCGUAGUCACCCCAACCUAUUAAAUAAAUCUCUGGGUCCCAGUUUUCUCACUUAUGAGACAGAAAUCAUGAUUCCUCUGUAAAGUCUUUGAAGCUUAAUGUGAUUGUGGAUAUGGAAACUCCUUGUGCCAAAGAAGUAAAAACAGGGCUAGGCACAGUGUUUCAUACCUGUAAUCAUAGAUAUUUGGGAGGAAAGAUCAGAAGAAUUGUAAGUUUGAGGCCUGGUCAAAAAGUUAGCAAGACCCACUUCCAACAAACAAGCAGAGCAUAGUGGCUGAGUGCCUAUAAUCCCAGAUACACUGGAGGUGUAGGGAGGAGGAUUGCAGGUCCCAGGUUGGCCUCAGGCAAAAAUAUGAGACCAUAUCCAAAAAAUAACUAAAUCAUAAAAGGACUGGAGGCCUGGCUCAAGAGGUAGAUCACCUUCCUAGCAAGCUCAAGCCCUGAGUUCAAACCCCAGAAUCAUAGCAUGUGAUCGUUAGUAUUUUCCUAAGAUAGAUUUGUGACAGUUUGAUCAUUUCCCUCUUGCCACACCAAAGAUUGAGAACUGGUUUUUACUCAGGUAAUAUUUGUGUGUUUUCUGUGUGGAAAGCACUGUGUUGAGAUUUUUAUAUGUAUUAGUUCAUAUGCUUCUCACAGAAAUCCUAGAAUGCAGCAUUUCUACCCCAUUUUUCAGCUGAGAGAACUGUGGUUUUGCCCAAUUUAUGAUUUGCCCAAGGUCAUAGGGAUAGUAGGCAGUAAACAGGCAAGUCACUAAUUUCUCUAGUAUCAGGCACUUUAAAGGGUAAGUGCUUGUCCUACUGACAAGACAAGAGACUACACAACUCAAAAUAGACCAUCAAGGGAGCCUGGAUUCUUCACUAAUAUUUCUUUAUCCCUCCCUCAAUUGCUGAAUUCCUAUAUGUGACAUUCACAAAUCCCUUAUGAGGAUUAAUAGGUCAUUUGAAAUAAUCUUGAAGAGGUUAGAAAAUACUCUGUGAAAUACAUAACUUUUUUCUGUAUCUUUUAUCACAGAUGCAUUUAUUUAUCUACAUAUUUACUUGGGUAUGGCAGGUAUUACAGACUAACCCAAAUCCAAAUGUACCUACAGGAGUCUUGUACCAUAAGUAGUUAAUUGAAUCAUAAGGUGCUGAUCCAAGGGUGGUCAUUAUGUCUUAUUACAUGUCUCUACUGUGACAUUAAAUUCCAUGGGACAAUGACUAUAGUUAUCUGCCUGUAAUUCAGAUAUUACAGGCAGAUAUUUUGCCACGUAAGUUUUCUCUGAUAGGUUUAGUCUGGAAAAAGAAGUGUGUGAAUUUCCUUUACUUAAAAACUUGGAAGUAAUACAGAGACAGAAAAUCCAGUGAUCUUGACAAGACACUUCCAGAGCCCAGUGGCUGUCACUCUAAGGAAGCAGUGUUGAGUAUGCAUUGUAAAUCUGAAAAUUGCAUUCUUUUCCCAAUCACAAGUCUCCUUCUACAUGUUCUUUGUUCUGGUCUAAGAAGUGUGAUUAGAGAUGAGAACCAAGCAUACCCACACCUCCCAUGGUUUCUCAUCACACAUGGUCUGCAUUUCAGCUUUUGUGAGAUGUUCAAGUUUGACUUUUCAAAGUGACUGAGCAAGCCCACAUUGCUUCAGAAAAGUUGAUAAACAUCACUUAGUGAACACCAACUUUUGUAAAUACAAUUCUGACUUGGCUUUUGGAAAAUAGAAAUGAUUCUGUCUAUCUAUCUAUCUGUGUAUCUACAUACA